UUAGAUUACGCAUAGUUUCCGAAGUCAGUUACCGAACAUUUGUCAUAGAAAAGUAUAUCAAACCAUCCAUGGCUGCCUUAGCCUUCACACAGUCUCACAUUUACAGACCCAAAAUCCCACAGUUUUCCACUUCCAAACCCAAACCCAGAUUUUCAAUCCGGUCUUCCUUGACUCUUCAGCCCAACUUCUCAGACCCCUUCGUUCUCCAACUUGCAGAAACCCUCGAAGACUCGCUUCCUUCUUCUUCUUCUUCUUCCUCUUCCUCGGCAACCUUAUCUCUCCAAAAGCUCAGGGACACUUCUUCAGAGACCCUUCUCUCAACCCCAUGGCCUUCUCGGAAAGACGAGCCCUUUCGGUACUUAGACAUUUCCUUUAUCAAACAGUCCCAAAUCGAACCAGUCCCAAAUCCACCAAAGUCUCUGACGAUUUCUACAGAUACCCAAUACCCAAAUUUGAUUAUAGCUGAUGGGUUUUCCGUGAAUUCGGUAUCAAAUUCGUCUGAGUUGCCGAAUGGGGUUUUUGUAGGUAGCUUGCUGGAGCUCUCUGAAGAGAGUAUUGCGAAAAGGGUUGGUGAGUUUGUGGGGAACGGUCCUGGGGGGGACUUGUUUUGGUCCAUUAACGGAAUUGGAGCACCGGAUUUGACUGUGGUUUAUGUCCCUCCUGGGUGCAGGGUUGAGAGUCCAAUUCAUUUGAGCUACUUCUCCAUUGAGGGAAGCGAAAAGGGUUCGGAGAAAAUGCCCAUUUCUAAUCCAAGGGUGCUUGUUUUAGUGGAGAAUGGUGCGGAGGUUGAGAUAAUUGAGGAGUUUUUGGGUGGAGAUGGGAAUAAGUGUUACUGGGCUAAUGCGGUUUUGGAUGUUGUGGUUGGAGAAGGAGGAAAGGUUAAGCAUUCUUAUAUUCAAACUCAAUCUUUGAAUGCUGCUCAUAUAAAGUGGACUUCAGUUCGCCAGGAAUUGGCUAGCACCUAUGAGCUCAUAGAGAUCAGUACGGGUGGAAAACUCGGCAGACACAAUGUCAAUGUCAAGCAAUUGGGACCAGAUACAGUAACCGAGUUAUCGACCUUGCACUUGUCUGUCAGUGAUCAAACACAGGAUCUACAUAGUCGUCUAGUUUUAGACCAUCCUCGUGGUUAUUCUCGACAACUUCACAAAUGUAUUGUAUCUCACCCUAAAGGACAAGCCAUAUUUGACGGGAAUGUAAAAGUUAACAGAUAUGCUCAGCAGACAGAUGCAGGUCAGUUAACUAGAAGCCUUCUCCUUGAACCUCGCGCUUCCGUCAAUGUCAAACCAAAUCUCCAAAUCAUUGCAAACGAUGUCAAAUGUUCCCAUGGAGCUGCAAUUAGUGAUCUUGAAGAAGGCCAACUCUUCUAUUUCUUGGCUCGUGGGAUCGACUUAAAAACAGCUAGAAAGGCUCUUGUCUUGUCCUUUGGAGCGGAGGUGUUUCAAAAGAUAGCUUACCCUUCAAUCCAGAAGAAAGUAGAGAAUCAUAUCAAAGGGCUAUUGGAUCCAACAAGGAAGGAAUCCUCAUAAUGGGAUGUAAUUGGUGAUAAAUGUAUCUAAUUUGUUGUUACAUGAAUUAGCAUAUGUAUUUAAAGGAAUCAUAAGCUGCUGGGAAGCUCAAGCAAUUUUUGUUUUUCUUUGUAAGCUGGUGCUUUUGGCAAUGCUCCACCUCCAUGUGAUACUUUAACGGAGAAGAAAAUUGACUUAACAACAAUAAAUUGAUCGAUGUUUUAAGUUUC